GGUGGGGGCUUCCUUGGGAAGCACAGGGAUGAGUCACCAAGGGCCUGGGGAGUGGAGGGUGGAUAGGGUAUGGAGACCAGUCAUGCUGGGGUCUGCGGGGCGGCGGUGAAGUAACAAUGGAACACAGCCAAGCGAUGACAAGAGGAAUCGGCUCAGACACCAGGAAGACUUGGCCAGAGGCCCCCUGAGACGUGUUACCAAGCCUCUGAAGGGUUACGUGUGAAGACGGCCCGGGGCACAUGCGCUUUGCCUGAUGGAGGUAAGACUGAGAGUUAGCUGGAUGGACUCCACUUAGACGACAGGAAGGAACCGGCCUUGAGAAGCACGAGGUUUGAGUCCCAGGUUGGCUGGUGGUGUUUAGGCAUCGGUGGACAGAGCACCGAGCUGUCGCAAGAGGUACGUGCUCUCCAUCCCGCAAGAACGGGGCAGUUGGACCGGAGGCCUGUAGGGUCCUGUCCUGACCUUGAAUUCUUAGCACCCACAGCUGGGAGUGGGACUCGGUGUCUGGAGCGGGAGAGUCAGCGGGAUGGACUCCAGCCCCUCCCAGCCUCUUCCAGCCCCUUCUGUCAACCCAGAGGGAGGAGGAAAGGAGGAUCCCUUACCGACCCUAUCGAUUUCUUCGGUGUCUGCUUCUCGAGAGGGUCCCCUUGUCGUGAGGCAGGUGUCAGCCUGAGCAGGUGCUCAGUAUCUAUUAAACAGCAUGGCCUUUAGGUGGUUCUGGAAGGAGACUCAGAGAAAUAGCAGGAUGUGGGCCCUGUCGUCAGCGACUGGAGAGGGAGACCCAGCCUCAGGGCUCAGAGGAAGACAUGGAGGCCAAGAAGCAGGGCACAGGCGUCAGAGGUGGCCAUGGCCCCAAGUGCGUGGCCCCACAGCAUCCUAAGUGAGGCGUCUGUUGUUUUGAAUAAGCGAAGGGAGACUGAAAGAGCAGGGAGAACCUUGUAAGGUGUAAUCGUGGGGCUCCAGGGGGAAACACAAUGGCUUCUUGGGUGAGAGAAGUGAGGAGAUGGCCUAGGGCUUGCUUCGCUGGGAAGAACAGGAUCAAAGCAGGCUCAGAGGUAGGGGAGGUGGGAGGAGUGUGUCAGACCUGAGGGUGAGAACUGGCUGUAAGCCAGGAGGGUCACUACUGAGCACGGGGCAGGGUCUCUGCUCCUGGGGCAGUGGGGGCUUGGAGCCUCAGGCCAGAGGAUGGGCUUAGAACCUUGAGCCCAUGAUCAGCUUAGCAUCAGAGAUUUUGGCUUCCAGACCAUCUGCUUUAUCUGAAGACUUUCAGCUGAUGAGGAGCAGGGAAGCUCAAACACCAUCUUGUUGGAGUCGGGGACGGGUGACUUGAAGUGCACGUUCGUUCUCGGCAGGUACCCCCGGGGGAGGGGAGGACAAGAUGGCCCAGGAGCUCAACGAGAAGGAGCUGUUGAAGAUGGAGGUGGAGCAGCUGAAGAAGGAAGUGAAGAACCCAAGAGUUCUGAUUUCCAAGACGGGAAAGGAAAUCAAGGAUUAUGUGGAGGCGGAAGCGGGAAAUGACCCUCUUCUCAAAGGUGUCCCUGAGGACAAGAACCCCUUCAAGGAGAAAGGCGGCUGUGUGAUUAGCUGAUGGGCCUGGAGCCCGUCGCCCUGAAUGGCCGUCCCUUCUCAGCCCCACCCUUCACCAGGAAGCGAGUGUCCCCGGAAGCCCAGGGGACCGGGCAGUUUCCACCCUCUCUGGGCCACAGCAUGAGUGAGGACACCUGACCGCUCACUGGGGGUCCGUUCCCCAACCCCUUUGACUCUCCCCUCCCCCACCUGCUGGGUCACUGCUCUCCCAGGAGAGCCUGCCUGGUUCAGCGGCUGGUACCUUGUGCGGCCCCCUGGGACCCGAGACGGAAAUCCUUAGAGACAUUUACUCCUCCACAGAGAUGUCCUGUUUUCCCCUCCACUCUCUUCCCCAAACCGGCAUUCCUAGUCAGAGUAGUUUGGGUUGAGGUCCUGAGUGGGGCGGGGAGAGGGGGGGGGCCUUCUUCCCCAUCUCAUGUCCCAUCAUGUUAGUCACUUUAGAUCACCCCAGAGGGCCUGAGGACAAAAAGAGUCUGUAAAGUCAUGGUGUCAUGAUCGAUUUCAUAUUCUUUUUUUAAAUGUU